GUGAUUGAUGUCAUCUGGAAUAAGGCAGCAGCACAUGACGGUGCAGCAGGAUGAGCGCGCAGGUGAACGAACACCUGUACAAGGUGCUGGUCAUAGGUGAGCUGGGCGUGGGCAAGACGUCCAUCAUCAGACGCUACGUGCACCACAGCUACUCCAGCAACUACCGCGCCACCAUCGGCGUGGACUUCGCGCUCAAAGUGCUGCCGUGGAACGCAGACACGGUGCGCCUGCAGCUGUGGGACAUCGCAGGUCAGGAGCGUUUCGGCAACAUGACGCGCGUCUACUACCGCGAGGCCGUGGGCGCCUUCAUCGUGUUCGACGCCACGCGGCCGACCACCUUCGAGGCGGUGGCCAAGUGGAAGGAGGACCUGGACGCCAAGCUGACGACGGCCGACGGGCGCGGCGUGGCCGCCGUGCUGCUGGCCAACAAGUGUGACCAGGGGCGCCAGAUGGGCGGCGUCAAGAUGGAGCAGUUCUGCAGAGACCACGGCUUCGCGGGCUGGUUCCAGACCUCCGCCAAGGACAACGUCAACAUCAACGAGGCGGCCAUCUUCCUGGUCAAGCACAUCAUGGCGAGCGAGCACAACGUGGCGAGGACGGCCGCGCCCGACACCGUCACGCCGCGCCUCCACCGCCGCCAAGACCCCGCCAGCUGCUCGGGCUGCCUCAAGUGAUGCCAGGACGCGUCUGGGGGGGUCCGAGGAGGGACGGACAGGAAGUGACGCGAUCUUCGGUGGAGGUGCGACCCCUCACUCUGCGGCGUCCUCACAAACGGAUCGUCAAUCACCUGACAUUUUGCACACCUUUUAUGUCCAAAUCCUCAUUUUAACUUAUUUGCUUACCACUGACUGUGCUUGUUAUUAUUAUUAUUCUUCAAUCGUUAGCCUUCCGAACAUUAGCAUGCUAGCUUUUCUGCUAAUUUUGCAGUUACACGCCUCGGCGUCAAACAAAAAUGACAAAUGUUAGCAUGCUAACGGUAGCAUGCUAGCUUUUUUGCUAAUUUUGCAGGUACACGCCUCGGCGUCAAACAAAAAUUAUACCUGUUAGCAUGCUAACAGUAGCACGCUAGCUUUUUUGCUAAUUUUGCAGGUACACG